UACGGCUGGAUGGUAUGAGAAUGCUAAACUUGAAAUCUGUCCAGUGUUGGAGAGUGGAUGCCGGUAGGCUAAAACCGGUCCAACCCGGACCAUGCUCACCCCUGCCGGCGCAGACAGUACUAUUUAUGAAACCCCAAUCUGCAACCUCUUUCUUCUGCUUUUCUUCGACAAUGUUAUCUUCUCUUCGCCGUUCAGUGUCAACAAGCUUCAAUAGAGUGAAUUACUUAAUCAAUUCAUGUGGAUUAUCUGAGGUUGAAGCUACUGCUGCUUCCAAAACUGUCAAUUUCAGUACUUCAACAAACCCAGAUUCAGUUCUCGCUCUACUUGAAAUCAACGGAUUUACUAAACCUCACAUUUCCAGAACAAUUUCUAAGUUUCCCUCAAUACUUAUAUGCAAUCCUCAGAAAACCCUUGAACCAAAAUUCGAUUUUUUCAAAUCUGAAGGGUUUUUUUCUGGAAUUGAACUUGCCAAGUUCUUCUCCAGUAACCCAACUAUCCUUGAAAGUAGCUUACAAGACAGAAUAGUACCUUGCUGUGAUACCCUUAAGAACAUUUUUGAGGAUGACCAGAAUGUAGUUGACAUUAUCAAACGCCAUUCUUGGCUUCUCACUGGAAAUUUUGGUAUAAAAGAUAUGAUGGUGAAUAUUGGGAUUUUGAGAGAUGAAGGUGUCCCUCAACCCGAUGUUAUUAAGUUGCUUAUCAAGCAACCAAGUGCACUUACGAUUAGCACCAGUAAAUUUAAGGAGAUUGUACAAGAGAUUAACAGUAUGGGUUUUCAUCCUUCAAAACCUAUGUUUCUUACUUGUCUCGAGGGAUUGACAUCCAUGAGCAAAGCCACCUGGGAAGCAAAAGUGAACGUUUACAAGAAAUGGGGUUGGUCGGAAAACGAAAUUCAAAGUGCAUUUGAGAAGCAUCCUCAGUGUAUGAUCCAAUCUGAGAAGAAGACAAUGUCCACAAUGGAUUAUCUUGUGAAUGAAAUGGGCUAUGAUCAAUCACUUAUUGCCAAAUGUCCAAGGAUUCUUACUUAUAGCUUGGAGAAGAGGAUUAUGCCUAGAUGCGAUGUUAUUCAGCUUCUUGUCUCCCAGGGACAGAUUAAGAAACCUGCCUUAAGUGCAAUAUUAACAAUCUGUGAGAAUGCUUUCUUGAAGAAGUAUGUGAACAAGUAUGAGGCGAAAGUUCCAGAACUAUUGAAGGUAUACCGUACUUCACUAGAUAGUACUUCUUAAACAUUAAAUGAGUUUAUUUGAAUUCAGAAAUUGCAGUUUACAUAGUGUUUCUCCUCUUUUGUAUUGUUUAUGGAGUAGCAGUUGGGAAUGUAGGAUCUGGUCGCCAUUAAGGCAAAGUGGAAAAAGAGUGAAUUCAUGCCUAGAUUAUUUGCAUAUUGAAUUUUGUGUCUCUUAUCGUACUUAAUAUGAUUGGUAAUUCAAAUUCUUCGGUUUAACCCGUA